AUGGGACGCACGCUCACCUACCCCAAGCGGACGUCUAACACGGCCAACCGCUACAAGCAUCGCGCUACAUAUGACUUGGGCCCAAUUCACUCAAUUAUCAACGACUCUCAUGUCCUCCAUGUAUCCUUCAACCCCGGACCCGAGGACCCAUUCCCCGCCAUCCUCCCAAUGAUCGGCCAGAUGGGCUCAUUCGAGUACCCAUCAGCAAGCAUCGACGAGCCCCUGGAGUGCUACCUACACGGUUACGUGAGCUCGCGGAUCAUGAAUCUAGCCCGCAAGGCCGAAGGAGACGGACUCCCAAUCUGCGUUGCAACCAGCAAAAUAGACGGUUUGAUUCUAUCCCUGACACCCAACUCGCACAGCUAUAACUACCGCUCUGCUAUCCUGCACGGAUAUGCCACACUCGUCACUGAUGAAGCGGAGAAACUCUGGGCUAUGGAGUUGAUUACCAACUCCGUUCUCACUGAUCGUUGGGAUAACUCCCGUGUACCACCUGAUAAGGCGGAAAUGUCUUCCACGGUUAUUCUGAAAGUUAAGGUUGUGGAUGGGAGUGGGAAAAUCCGUGAUGGUGGUGUUUCGGACGAGCGUAAGGAUACGGAUAAUGAAGAGAUUACGAGUAAGAUUUGGACGGGUGUUGUUCCUGUUUGGGAGACGUUUGGGGAGCCUGUUCCUAGUGGCGGUAGUAUGAUGACUGAGGUUCCUGAGCAUAUUACUUCUUAUAUUGCUAAGAAAAAUACUCAGAAUCGCUCUUUGGCUGAGGAUGCGGUCAAGAUUCAGCUUCCUCCCGAGGAGCUGCCCUGA